GGUGAAAGGUUACGAGUUCCCCGGAUGUGUGAAUGUCAGAAGAACUAGGAAAGGACGCUGAAAAUCAUAUUUGUAUAUAUAUAUAUUGACUAAACAAGAGUUAUUCAUAAGUGACGUGUGAUUCGUAAGCUACUGAAGAUGCCGAGAUAUGAGUUAGUUAUGAUCACCAAGGCCCUGGAACGGCCAGAGACAGUGACGGUGGUGAAACGUGCUGUACAGUCGCUCCUGGAGAAGGGCGGUGUCGUGCGACAGAUAGAGAACCUGGGAGAGAGGAAAUUACCGUACAUCAUGAGGGCACACUCUGAGAACUUCACUCAGGGAAGGUACUUUGUAGUGGAGUUUGAUGGACCCACGACUCUGGUGAGCUCCAUGACACAACUCCUCAACCAAGACCUGGACAUCAUCCGACCAAACAUCAUCAAGAAGGAAGUCAAACUGUUUCCAGACCCCCCCUGUCCAGGAAUGGUCACAAAAGAGCCAAACUAUUACUCACCUAACCCUUCAGCCUGGUUCGGCGCAGAAGACGUCAAACUUGAGAAGUUUGUCAAGAAAGACAAGCGAUUGAAAGUAAUGAAAGAGAAGAGGAAAGAGAGGAGAGAGUUACAGAAACAACAGGAAAAAGAAAAACGAGAAAUGCAAAAAAUGCAGUGAUUUUGUUUACAUAAACUCUGUGGAAUAUUCGAGUAAUAUCACAACACUGGAUUGUGAUGCUUGCAUGGCAAGUGUCCCUAAAUGGUCAACAUUGGUUUGCAUAUACAGUUAAGUUCUGUUCAUAGUUUUAUGCUUCUUUCAAUAGCAAGGAUGACAUUGGAGUUGUCCAUUUUUGGAUGUGUCAAAUCUGAAGUGUUACAGUGAAGUACAGGUACAUGUACAGGAUCACAUGAAAGAAAUACAGAUUUCAAUUUUCAUGUUUUUGAAGGAAGAAGACCUUGUCAUGUGCUGUCAGUGAGGAAAAACAACUGAGGUUAUUAUGUUUUCCUCAAGCCUUUGUUUCUUCUCAUUUGACUGUAUUGAAUUUAGACAUGUAACAGCUUCAAGGUUGGUUUAAUCUGAUUUUAACCAAUCAGAUGGCUUCUUACAACUAACUGUCCAUUGAUCCAUUCAUACAAAGUCAAAAUAAAGAUUAGAGACCCUCUUUAUAAAACUGCGGUAUUCACCUGAAUUAUUGUUCAUCAAUUCAUGAUAUAACUCUCAAUAUUUUUGCUUCAACCACUUUCAUUAGUUUUCUUUUUAUAGCACAAAGAUUGAAAUGUAAUGGUGGUGUUGAUAGUUUUGCAUAAACACUACCUCUGUCAUGUUCCUUAUCCAAGAGGAUGUCCCUAACUGAAGCUACAUGUACAUACUUAUUAUGAGUCAAGGGCAAAACAUUAGGGCUGAAUCCAUAACCUUCAGAUUCUAUGUCUACAACCCUUACCACCUUGCUGCCUUUGUUGUAUUGGACAUGGUAUAAGGAAUUAGGUGCACGAAGUCAAUCUCUACUUUUCAACUCUCCACAGCUCACCCUCCACAUCUCACCAUCAAAAAGCUCCUCCUGUCUCUUAUCACACUAACUGCAGGGAAGGAAACAUCACAGCACACAGCCAAAUUUCUUCUCAAUUGAUUUAUUUCAGUAAACAUUUUUUCUCACAAAAUUUCCUGUGUAUGAAAAAUAGAUUCAUCUUCUGUAAGUUGUUGGUUAUGUAUGUUUUGCAAGUGCGAGUAUGUAUGGCAAGGCAUUUGUAGAACAACUGUACAUAAAUAUAUCCUUCCACCAGAAAUAUACCAACAGAAAUAUACUGACAAAGUGUAGUUAUUGAAUGUGAGAAAUCAUAAUCAUCUAUACAUAAAGAGAAGAAAACAGAACACAUUCUUUCCAUACAAGAUUUGCAGCAAUUGUGCAUUUGACCCUGAGAAUAAUAUUCUUGAUUAUUUCUUUACUAAUUAAUUCUCACCUAGCUAAUAAUUCCAAGUUAGAUUCCAUCAUAACCAAGCAAAAUUAGAUAAUCACCCCCUAAAUUUGUUCACAAUUAGAACAAGGAGAAAUUAUUAAUGAUGUGCAGCACUAUAAAGACAGCUCCCAAAUUACCAAAAGCAAGGUGAACUUCAUACAGUCAAGAUCAAAUAACCCAGAGAAAUUAAUUAUAGUCAAAUAAUGUUCAUAUCAAUCCAACCCACAUCCCUAUAUGUUAAUUCCCAAUCCAUCAGACCCAACCAUUGUGAAAUUAUUAUUUACACAAAGACAAAAGUUAUCACCUAUUCCUAUCAAUAGAACACUUGCAAGAAACACUUGCGAGAGCAACAUGAAAUCACAAUUCAACCAGUUUGGAUGAAGAACUUUGCAACUUUCUCAAGGUAGAGAACUUUGGCAACAGGUUUUCUAUCAUUUUGGCAAAAUAUUGCUAAUAUAGCACUAUUAUAGUAAAGGAAAACAUGUGCAUAGUCAACAGUUUGGCAAACCACUGCAAAUCUUGCAAGCUUCUUGCAUCUAGCAAAACCCAACCAAACCAUUGGUUCAAAUUGAUAACCAAUGUUUUCAGUCGCACAAAUUCAGCCAAACAAUACAUUUUCCUGACUUGAGAGGUAACUAACAAAAACUGGGUUCUUACCAUUGUCUUCAACAAUCCAUAUUUAUACAACCAAGGACACUAUAUAAUGUCCUUGAUACAAUACAGUCAUGAUAUCUAUUACUUAUCAUGACUGUCUAUUCAGAUGAACUUAUCAAUGAGGAGUAUUCAAAGACAAUGCGCAAAAGCUCAUUCUACCUGAUUUGCUUACAAACGCAGUGCAAUAUCUACUUCUUUCAGGCAAUAACUAGACUGGGUUUUAACUCUCUCAAUGAAUGCAGCAACCAAGAACACAUACGUCUUUCUUUAACAAGCUAAACAGUUACCAAAUUUUAACAUAGAAGAUCAGAACUACAAGUAGUUUAUAUAGCAACAAACCUAAAGUAAUUGUUAUUCUGUUAUAGAAUAUAAAAUUUGGAGUGAACAAAAAGGUUUAAGUGUGUACAUAGGAACAAAGAUAUAUAUAAAACAGGUGGGUAUAUCUUCUUUGUGAGGAAUUCACAGUGAAGAUAAUAUAUAAAACUGUGCAAUUGAAUGUAAACAAUAUGUACAAAUUAUACUGUAUGGUCUUGAAACUGAGGUAUUUGUGGCUUUGGUGACAUGGAACGUUUGCAUUUAUACAUAUAUAAUAUUUGAAAUAAUAAAUAUGUGAAUGUCAGAUACAGAUUAUUCAAUGGUUAAAUUAGUUUAACAUACAGAAGAUUAGAGAAAUAAUAAUUCUGUAUUCGCAUUUCUCCCAAACUGUUCGUGUACAAGGUAGACAAAACUGUUACUUUCUUUUUUUUUUUUACAAAAUUUGUCUUGUCACUGAAAAAGCUUUGCUACACUGUUGGUGCUAUUUGGGCCCUAUUGAGAAGUAAUGAUUAUCAAUACAUAGUAUUUCCUCUGUCUCUAUAUUAGACAGUAACAAUUCACAUUUCUUCCUAAGAGAUAUAAACAUAUUUCACAAAGGAAGUAAUUAAGACUUUUUUGAAGAUAUGCCAAAAGGUCUAACUAGAAAACAGGUUACCGACAAUAUGGGUGAUUGUCCAGUGUUGUUGAUUGAACAUUAUUGCUAUUUCUAUGAACAAAUACAAAGAGUAAACAUUGAUGAGGUUGUUUGUGUACCAUAAGGAGCCUGCUCCAGUUGCAUAGUUCAGUCUCUAGGUGUGUUGAUGGUUCAACCUUUCCUGUAAUAGUAACUAUGUGAUGGUA